GGCUUUACCAAAGAAUAGCACCAACGUUCAGAUUUGACGUGUCGUAGAAGGCGACUAACAAACAAGUAGCCGUGUGGAAGCCGGCUUUACCAAAGAAUAGCACCAACGUUCAGAUUUGACGUGUCGUAGAAGGCGACUAACAAACAAGUAGCCGUGUAGUAGUCGGCUUUACCAAAGAAUAACACUGACGUUCAGAUUUGACGUGUCGUAUAAGGCGACUAACAAACAAUUAGCCGUGUAGUAGUCGGCUUUACCAAAGAAUAACACUGACGUUCAGAUUUGACGUGUCGUAUAAGGCGACUAACAAACAAUCAGCCGUGUAGUAGUCGGCUUUACCAAAGAAUAGCACUGACGUUCAGAUUUGACGUGUCGUAUAAGGCGACUAACAAACAAUGAGCCGUAUAGACGCCGGCUUGUACAAAGAAUAGCUCUAACAUGUUAAGUUGUUUCCACAUCAAACAACUUAUAGUAUUAAUUUAUUAUAAGCAAUAUUCAAAAUCAAUUAAAUCAAUAAUUCCUCAAUAAUCAAUUAAAUCAAUAAUUAUUCUAUAAGCAAUGAAAUCAAUAAUUCUUCUAUAAUCAAUUAAAUCAAUAAUUCUUCAAUAAUCAAUUAAAUCAACAAUUCUUCUAUAAUCAAUUAAAUCAAUAAUUCUUCUAUAAUCAAUUUAAUAAAUAAUUCUUCAAUAAUCAAUUAAAUCAAUAAUUCUUCUAUAAUCAAUUUAAUCAAUAAUUCUUCAAUAAUCAAUUAAAUCAAUAAUUCUUCAAUAAUCAAUUAAAUCAAUAAUUCUUCAAUAAUCAAUUAAAUCAAUAAUUCUUCUAUAAUCAAUUAAAUCAAUAAUUCUUCAAUAAUCAAUUAAAUCAAUAAUUCUUCAAUAAUCAAUUAAAUCAAUAAUUCUUCAAUAAUCAAUUAAAGCAAUAAUUCUUCAAUAAUCAAUUAAAUCAAUAAUUCUUCAAUAAUCAAUUAAAUCAAUAAUUCUUCAAUAAUCAAUCAAUUUUAAUCAUUAUACAAAAUAUCAUUUUUGUUAUAUUCGUUAGCUUACGAAUCGUCCUAAAAUCGUCUUUAUUUCUAAUAAAAAAUAAAACAUAAUUAAAACAUAAAUUUAUAAAUAAUAGUUCUUAUGUUUGUUCAAUUCGAUAUUACCUUAAUAAAUUAGAAAAAAACUUGUAAUAGAAUCUUCUUUCUUGAUGCUCGAACAAAUCUUAAUUAUUUCUUCAACAACUAAAAACUUCAAUGAAAGUAUAUUUAAGAUAACUUAUGAUGAUCGAAUAAUUAAUGAAAAUAUUCAGUCUCAACGAUGACUUACAUUCAAGUUAAAAGGUUCUUUAUUUUAAAUCUUUAGAUUAGGCUAGUGUAGACAUUUCCGUAAUUUCUUUGCAGAUAGUAGAAUCCGUAAUAAAUCUAGAAAAUGAAAUUAAUGAUUGUUUAGCAAGCAUAUUGUUCGUAAAAUCAAAUAUUAAACUUAUCUUCUCUUUCUGCUUAUGUAUAUUCUGAUAGGCUUGUAUACAUAUUAGAUUUUCCAUUAAUUCAAGGCGAACCUCUCAAUCUCUAUCACAUAUAUUCCAUUCCAAUCCAACAUUUUAAUUCCUCUCUGCAUACAACCAUCCUACCUGAGCACAUGCAUUUGGCUACAAAUCCUAGCGGUAAUAUAUACGUAUCUACGAGCGACCUCACUUCAUGCAAGUCCUACGCUAUAAAGAAGAAGAUCUGCACCUCUUUUGUCGCAUAUGAAGCAGCAUCACGUCCAUUAUGUGAGCUCCAGAUCCUGUUAAGCAUUUCAAAGACUUUACCUGAAAUUUGUACCACAUCCACAUUUGAAGCAAGAAUUAACACUUUUCAAAACAUUGACAACAACCAAUGGCUUUACAUACUUACAGAAGACACUAAUUGUAUACUUCAAUGUAAAACGGAAGUUACACAUCAUAAAUUACAAGGAGCAGGCAUUUUAUCCUUACCGGAAAACUGCAAACUUUAUACUGGGUAUAGUACGCUAACAGCCUUUCAAUCUAUUGAAGAAAAUGUAACAUAUCCUGUAAUAGUUCCAGACAUUAGAACAGACGAUUGCUUUGAAGAAUACAAGAACUUUGAAGCUCCAAAGUUAAUUCCUAUUAAAAUUAAUGAAAUGCCUUUGGAUUCACUGAAACAAAUAAAACAUCAUGUCGAUAAAUUUAAGGAAAGCUUAGAAAAUAUGAGAUCUCGACCAAUCUUACAAAGAUAUUCGUCAACGUUUACAUGGAUAUACUUCGUGUUAUUCAUAACAAUGCUAGGAUACUUCAUUUAUAAAAUUAGCAAACGUUGUCCUAAUGGAUUACUCCUGCGUAACCGAAGACCAAGCCGUGAUAAUAGUUGUAUACAAAUAUUUAACAACUGUUUUUCAAACACAUCACGACGUCAGAGAAUCCAAGUUGCCGUCCCGAUGACUACUAUAGCAACAAGUACCUGCGUAACGGAAGACGAAGAGGAAAAUGAAGAAAAUUAUCCAAGAACUUCAACACCGAGAGUUCAAAGAUCAAGCUCUCAAGCCCAAUCUUUAUUCUAAGGGGGGAGGUGUUACAUAUAUUAAGAGUACGUGACCUAAGACCAUGUGUCAGCCUACGACCUAAUCAUUAUAAUAUUUGACAUUCCUAUUUGUAUAUUUGUAUUUGUCCAUUUGAUAUCGAAAUCAUUAUAUUGUUUAAUAUUCAUAUUUGUAUAUUUGUUUAUCUCAUACAAAUUUCCAUUAGUAAGUUAUUAUCUGUAUUUGUUGUCACUCUUUCGAUGGAAGUAUUUGACUAUUGUAAUUGUAAAUAGUAAUUAAGAUAUCUCUACUAUAUAUAUGGACGAUUUGUAAUAAUAAGUACA